UAGUAAACAGAUAUAUCAGAUGGAGAAGCUUUUGUUAGUACUUUUCCUUGCAACAGUUGGCGCAGCCAUACUUUUCCCGAUAAAUUUAAAUUUAAAAAAUAAUCAAAGAGUGAUGAACGUGUGCAUCUACUCUGUUGAUCCUUCAAGAUAUAUGCCAAAAUGUUUCCUUUGCCCAACUGAUUCUUAUGCUAGUGUGCUACAAACAUGCGUCCAAGCUGCUGCAAUUCCUUCUAAUGUAUCAUAUACCCAAGCAAACUGCAUAGAACAAAAUUGUGCGAUCCGGCGAGGGAAACGCAGCAUCAAUGAUGAAGGAGCUGCAGAUAAUUCCUUCAAUUUCUCUGAACCAAGUAGUCCUCUGAUCGAAGGAGCACAGCUUCACCAACUAAAUCCCAAUGCAUCGUUCUAUUAUGGUCCAAAUAAGAAAAGCUAUAACAAGGAUUUGAUUAUCGAGGAUACUGUGGAAGCCAAUGCAAUGGACUUCGAUGACACGGAAUUGUUACUGGAAUAUGAUGUGGCUUAAAAUGAUGGAUUUUAUAUCAUGAUUUUAUUUUUUGUACUUAAAACCAGAGAUGGCAGUUUUUGAAAGUUAUUCUUGUAUGCUUUAUUAGCUGAAAAUAAUUUAGAAUCUUAAUUGUUGGUAACAAGAGUGAUCGAUUGUGUAAUAUAAAUUUGUUUAA